GCCAACAACAUAGCGACCACAGUUUGCCUGAUUCUCACACUUCUAUUUGAAAGAAGAUGAAUCCUCAAGUCUUGUCAUCCAUCCUGCUUGUUGUUUCUGCUGUCCAUGCUUUCCAAUACCAGGAAUUAGUGCAAUACGUUGAUGAGCACAAAGAAGAAUAUGUAGAGACACUGAGGGACUGGGUUGCUGUCGAAAGUGACUCCAGCAACGUUCUGAAGAGACCAGACCUCCACAAUAUGAUGGAAAUGGUGGCUCAGAAGUUACGACUGAUGGGAGGGACUGUCGAGUUAGUGGACGUUGGAGAACAAGAACUUCCUGAUGGACAGACUCUAGCUUUGCCUAAAGUAGUGACGGCUCAGUUUGGGAAUGACCCUAGCAAGCACACAGUGUGUGUUUAUGGUCAUGUGGAUGUCCAGCCAGCGAAGCUAGAGGACGGCUGGGCCACUGACCCCUACAACCUGACAGACCUCAAUGGCAAUCUAUAUGGAAGAGGAGCAUCAGACAACAAGGCUCCAGUUUUAGCCUGGAUCCAUGCUGUAGAGGCUUACCAAGACCUCAAUAUGGAACUACCAGUGAAUGUGAAGUUUGUCAUUGAGGGCAUGGAGGAGACAGGGUCUAACGGCCUGGAUGCCAUGAUCCUGGCCCAGAGAGACACCUUCUUCUCUGACGUAAACUAUUUCAUCAUCUCAGACUGUGGCUGGCUGAGCAGACGGCCGGCUCUCACCUAUGGCACCAGAGGAAACUGUUACUUCUUUGCUGAGGUUGAAGGACCUAUACAGGACUUGCAUUCUGGUGUUUAUGGAGGCACUGUGGUCGAACCAAUGACUGACCUCAUUGGCAUUCUUGACACUUUGAUUAGCCCCAGCGGAAAGAUCCUGAUUCCUGGUAUUAGGGAAGCCGUGGCUCCCCUCUCGGAUGAAGAAUGGAAAAUGUACCAGGAUAUCGAGUUUGACAUGGAACACUACAAGAAUAAGAUCGGUGUCAACCAGCUCAUGUACAACAAUAAGGUGGACCUGUUGGCUCACAUGUGGCGCUAUCCCACUGUCUCCAUCCAUGGUAUUGAAGGUGCCUUCUCUAACCCUGGCACUAAGACCGUCAUCCCUGCAAAGGUUACUGCUAAGUUUUCAAUAAGACAAGUCCCCAACAUGGACCCUGCAAUGGUCAAAAAACAGGUAACAGAUUACCUGCAUUCAGUGUUUGCCAAGAGGAAGAGUCCUAAUAAGCUAAAAGUCACUAUGGUAAUCGGAGCCAAGCCCUGGCUGUCCGACACUCAGCAUCCUCUCUUCGAGGCUGGAAAGGCAGCUGUCAAGAGAGUUUUUAACGUGGAUCCUGAUCUGAUUCGUGAGGGUGGGACCAUCCCUAUCGCCAAAACCUUUCAGGACGUGACUCAGAAAAGCAUAAUCAUGAUGCCCAUCGGAGGCUUUGAUGAUGGACUGCACUCCCAGAAUGAGAAAAUAAGCAGGUACAACUAUAUUGAGGGAACCAAGUUAUUUAUUGCCUUCCUUAAUGAAGUAUCGCAGAUCAGGAAAACCAUUGUGUGAUAAAUGAAGGCAUGAUUACGUACGAUGACAUCUUCUUCAACAAGUAGUCCAGCUCCUGCACCGAGUGAUUUGAUAUUUUUACUGCAUCUAUAUUUAAUUUACAUUUACUACUCAGAGCCAAACUUUUAAACUAACUCAAACUGCCUCUCUGUAUUAUGAUUGUACUGUAUGUAAUAGCAUAUGUUAAUAGUUACAAGUUGAAAUAAUUCUCUGUUAUCUAACAUUGCUGUUUUAAUCACAAAUAGAAAUGUAGGUGUGUCAGGAAGCACUGUAACUCUGUGUGAAUGUGUCAUAUAGUAAAAACUAUUCAAUGCAA